AUGGCAGGAGAAAUCAUCGCCGUCGGCGAAGACGUAAAAAAAUGGACGCAGGUGUCUGGUAGCCAUCCCAGAACACUUGUACUACGAGGAAGCUCCGACACUUCCUUCGCUGUCGCUUCUGGGGCCACUGUGAUAGCCACUUCAUCCUCGAACGAGAAACUCGCAGAAGCCACUAAACUUGGAGCGAAGCACACUAUUAAUUACACAAACAAGCCUGAAUGGGAUAAAGAGGUUCUUGAACUGACCAAUAAAGUCGGUGUUGAUUUUGUCAUAGAGGUUGGUGGUCAAGGCACCUUACCCAGGUCGCUCAACGCCGUAAGAAUCGGUGGUUCUGUGGCAGCCAUAGGAUUUUUAUCUAAGGAUACUAGCGGCCUUGAUUUUGUACUUCCUGUUAUCAUGAAAUCGAUUUUGGUUAGAGGUGUCUACAUUGGGCCCGUCUCGGAGUUCAUCAAUAUGAACCGUCUUAUUGAAGCUAACCCCGAAAAAACCAGACCUGUAAUAAACAAGGUCUUCAAUUUCGACCAGGCUGUCGAUGCUUAUGCUUACUUGAAAAGUCAACAACAUGUCGGCAAGAUUGUCAUCAAGGUUGCGUGA